AGUCUCUUUGGAAACUUCUGCCGGGGGUUUUAAAAGAGCUAGGAAAGAGCUGCAAAGCUGUUUGGGCUUUUUUCCCCCUUUUUGUUCCUUUUCGUUACCCCCCCCCCCUUCCUCGGUCUGCACCCUUCUCCGGACUUCACGCAGAACCUGCGGGUUUCGAAGAGGUGGUGACAGAGCAGGUGUUGGGGUCCAGGUUUGGUGAGGUCUGGGUUUUUGCCCUUUUUUUCCCCCUCGAUUUCAACAUUUUCCCGAUCUUGUUGGCAGCCGCCGACGCCUCUUACCUGUUCUGCGGCAGCAGCGCAGCUGGCCGCUGAGACCGAGAGGAGUGGGGGUGCGUUUUAGAUUUUAAGCAAAGGGGGGAAAAUUAAGUCCAAUCCAUUUUUUUCUUCACCUCCUCCCUUUUCAAGGCCUCCAAGCUAAUUAUUUCUGUUGCUUUGGAGUGAGCAAUUCUGUGGUUCUCUCCACCACCACCCCCAAUUCUGACCCGAUCCCGCCUGGGGGUUUCUUCGGUCUCCGCUCACUCUGCGUGCACCUGGCGCGCCUCUUUUUUUCACCCCCAACCUGUUGCAAGUCUUUAAUCCUCGCAAUUGGGACUUGCGUGCAGGCACCUGAAUCCUCCUUGCCUCAUAUUUUGCAAGUGUUUCGGGGAGAGCACCUGCUCUACCUGCAAGAGAUUUAAAAGAAAAAAAAAAAAUCUCCAGGCUCCCUCUUUCUCCACACACUCUCGCUCUCCUGCCCCGCCCCGAGGUAAAGCCAGACUCCGAGAAAAUGGUGAUCAGCGUGGUUCUCCUGCUGCUGGCCGCCUAUGCCGUACCGGCUCAAGGCCUAGGUUCUUUCGUGCACUGUGAACCCUGCGACGAGAAAGCUCUGUCCAUGUGUCCCCCCAGCCCUCUGGGCUGUGAGCUGGUCAAAGAGCCCGGCUGUGGCUGCUGCAUGACUUGCGCCCUGGCGGAGGGACAGUCCUGUGGCGUCUACACGGAGCGCUGCGCCCAGGGUUUGCGCUGCCUCCCCCGGCAGGAUGAGGAGAAACCGCUGCACGCCCUGCUGCACGGCCGCGGGGUUUGCCUCAACGAAAAGAGCUACGGCGAGCAAACCAAGAUAGAGAGAGACUCUCGGGAACACGAGGAACCCACCACCUCGGAGAUGGCUGAAGAGACCUACUCCCCCAAGGUCUUCCGGCCCAAGCACACUCGCAUUUCCGAGCUGAAGGCUGAGGCUGUGAAGAAGGACCGCAGAAAGAAGCUGACCCAGUCCAAGUUUGUGGGGGGUGCAGAGAACACUGCCCACCCCAGAGUCAUCCCUGCACCUGAGAUGAGACAGGAAUCCGAACAAGGCCCCUGCCGCAGACACAUGGAAGCUUCCCUCCAGGAGUUCAAAGCCAGCCCACGCAUGGUGCCCCGUGCUGUGUACCUGCCCAACUGUGACCGCAAAGGAUUCUACAAGAGAAAGCAGUGUAAGCCCUCCCGUGGCCGCAAACGUGGCAUCUGCUGGUGUGUGGACAAGUACGGAAUGAAGCUGCCGGGCAUGGAGUACGUGGACGGGGACUUUCAGUGCCACGCCUUCGACAGCAGUAACGUUGAGUGAUGCGUCCCCUCCCUCCCNCCCCCUUUCCUACCCCCCCAGCCCCAACUCCAGCCAGCGCCUCCCUCCACCCCAGGACGUCACUCAUUUCAUCUCAUUUAGGGGAAAUAUAUAUACAUAUAUAUUUGAGGAAACUGAGGACCUCGGAAUCUCUAGCAAGGGCUAAGGAGACACUCCCCACCGUGACCCCGGAAAUGUAUUCCUUUUUGAAGCCAGUUGAACGGACAGAGAAAGGAAGGAGAGAAGAAGCAAGAGGGAGUGAGAGAUGGAAAGAACGCGUUGGAAUAGAGGAAAAGAGGGAAGGACAGAUAGGGUUAGAGAGAGAAAAGAGAAACAGCAAGGCAGAAAGGGCUCUACAACCAAGGCUGAAUCUGUCCUUUUGCUUUCAGCUCUAGCCUGGGGUCAGAAAAAGGUUGGGGCACUCAAAAGUGUGGCAUUCAGUGACACCCAGUUUAGAUUGGUCAAGGGGAGAAAAGAAACAAGGUGUGUCAGUGCCUCUUGGGUCUGUCGCCUCCUACAGCCAGCAGUGUGGAUGGCUAGACCCCUCACCCUCCUCUCCUCUUACCCAAGGGCAGGGUGAUUUCAUCCCCAAAUUUACAAAGACUAAAAUGCAUUCCAUCCCUCUGAAAACAAACAAAAAGUGAGUGAUUGAA